CUAAAAGCCAGAACUAUUAUCUAGAAAUAUUUCAGAACAUCGUAGUGAUGCUGUAGUUAAACACUGCAUUAUGGAGUUGUUUACUGCUAUAAUAGUUUUUCUACUAGGGGAGCAAUCCUUAUCCAUUAGGGCUCUUAGGUUACGUUCCGGUGUUAUGAGAUCUAAAAACGUUUCUUUCUUAGAAUUAAAAUCCACUAAAUGGAACAUCACUAAAAAUGAUGCAGAAAAUGAACCGAAAACGGGAGAAGAAAUCAUAUUAGCAAUACAAGAUCUAAAAGAUAAUGUAGACUUCCAUAUGAACGAUUUUAGCAAAACAGUUAAAGAAACAAUAUUAGAUGCUAGCGAGAAUAUUGAUGCCACCGAACUUCAACACCUAAGAGAUGCCUCCGAAAAGGUCGAUGAUUCCAUAAGGACCAUACAAGCUUCUAUAAAAAAGGAAUGUGAUAAUAUUUCAGAUAAGUUUAAGGAUAAAAGACAACGACAUAUAUCUGCUGAUGUGACAAAAAAAAUUAAUACAUUAAAAGAUCAUAUAAAGGAAUUUGUAAGGGAUGGUAUACACGUGUUAAAAGAUAAUCUGAAGAGUUUGACAAAAGAGUUCACAACUGCCACAGAUAACACUGACAAAGAAAACGGCAGUGUGGAAUCAGCAGAAGUAGAUAAAAAGGAAACUCCAAAUUACCACAGUGAAGAAUCACCUAAAUCAAAUGAAUCUAAAGAGGUAAAGGAUACUGAAAGUCUGGUACAAGUGAACAGUUACCAUACAAAUGCUGAGUCAUCUGAACGUCUUAUCCCCAAUAAUACCGAGAAUCACAGUGCCGAUGGUCAAGGAAUUAAAUAUUCGGAGGCUGACACGACAAGACCCACUCAAUCAUCAAAUCAGAGCAACCCUAAUAAUGAUACAGGGGAAAAUAGAGUAUCACGUGAUAAAUUCGGAGACGAUGAACAUGCCACUUCGAAACCGGCAACAAACGAAAAUGAUAAGCAACUAGAUAACCAAACUAUGAAUAAUGGAACAUCACUUGAGAAGAAGGAAAAUAAAGAUGAAGUUAAAAGGAAUUCAACGCAGUCUGUCAAUGAAAACACCCAACACAAUGAAAGUAGCAAACAAGAUAGCAAUACUACAACUAAUUCAUUAACCUAUGUCAAUAAAGACAUUGAUCUCUCAAGUGUACCUCCCACAGCAAUUACAAGGACAAUUGAAACGUAUAAACAAAAACUGGAGAAAGAAUCAUCAGCUCUAAUAAAAGAAAUUCAAUUUUAAUGUUAGAGUA